ACCGGAACCCGUGUGUGUGAUGUGCGUUGUUUGUCAGAUGUACAAAUACAGAAUUUAUGUUUAAAAUAAGCCUUCCGUCGGUUUAGGGUAGAGUAAACAUCUAUAGAGCUGAAUUAAGUGAGCAGCUGGGCUGACGGCACUGCAGUGUAGAUAGAUAUCAUAGUGAAAUGAGCAGCAUGGCUAAAUCUGGCGCUGUGUUCAGGAAGUAUUGUGUCGUUAAUUGUGCAUGUGGAUAAUUAUCGGGUCAUGUCCACUCUAAAGAGGAGGUUAUUGUCAAAGACCAGUGUUUGUGCACCAGUAAUGAAGCGACUCCAUCAGCCGGGAGGUGGAGGUGGAGGCAGAGGCAGAGGCGAGGGCAUGGAUGAAGACCCGACCUGCAGUCAAUACUUUCCCAGUAAAGCUGUUAAUGGGACCAGGCUGAGAUCCGCCUUCUUUAACCAGCCAUGUGUUGAUUUAGCCAAGGCCCUUUUGGGUAAGGUGCUGGUGCGCAGGCAUUCUGACGGCACGGAGCUGAGAGGCAGGGUGGUGGAGACGGAGGCCUACUUGGGCGGGGAAGACAAGGCAUCGCACUCGGCUGGUGGCAAGCGCACAGAAAGAAACGCAGCCAUGUUCAUGAAGCCUGGCACCAUCUACGUCUACCCCAUUUAUGGCAUCUAUCUCUGCAUGAAUAUCUCCAGCCAGGGGGAAGGAGCAGCUGUGCUGUUACGUUCACUGGAGCCCCUUCAGGGUCAGGAUGUCAUGAGGAGGCUGCGGGCAUCCAAACGUAAAGAGGGUGCCAAGACGGUGAAGGACAGAGAAUUAUGUAAUGGCCCGUCUAAGCUGUGCCAGGCCCUGGAUGUCCAGCGCAGCUUCGACCACAGGGACCUGGCCUCAGAUGCUGAUGUGUGGCUAGAGACGGACACAGAGUGGGAGAUGCCAGGAGCAAGAGACUUGGUUUCAGCCCCUCGGAUUGGAAUUGAGUCCCAUGGAGAAUGGGCCUUCAAACCACUGCGAUUUUACCUGCGAGGUCACCCUUGUGUUAGUGUGGUGGACAAAGUGGCUGAGAGCAAGCAGUAGGAAGUUGAUGAGUCCCAUGAGACUAAGACGGGAAGAUGUUAUGAUGCUUUAAAAAUCUUAGUGUUGCUAUGACAGGAGCAGUCCACUAAUGUCUAGAAGCAUCAGCACACGUGUUUUUUGUAAUAAAUUUCUAGGUCUGA